UUGAAGGUCGCUAUGUCAUUUGCACGAAUGAUAUCAUGAAAGAUUCUGAGUACGUGCAAAUACUGAAGAUCUGGGAUGUUGUGCCACUGGAAGAUGUGCCAAAGCUGGUUAAAAGACUUGAUAGCAUUUAUGGAGCCUUCACUGAUGAUUUCUUGAUUCGUUGCAAAGAGCGUAGUCUUGAGGGGGAGUUAGAGGUCCCAAGGACUUGGAUCAAGUCAAUUGACAUUGUCCGAUUUAAGAGCAACUAUGCUGAGUCAACAACUGCUUCUGAUGGUGAUUUGGAUGGCACAUGUUAUGCUGAGAAUGCCAAAGUGAGCGAAAGCUUGUUGUUGAUGAAGUUUUACUCUCUUUCUGCGGGCAUAGUAGGUCAUUUGCUGUCUGAUGCUGAUGGUAAAGCUUUGGACUUGCCCUUUGAAGUAACGGAUGAGGAGUAUCAAAUAAUUCUUCACCCAAAAAGCUCCUUUAUAUUAGGACGUUCUGGUACUGGAAAGACAACUGUGUUAACGAUGAAAUUAUAUCAGAAAGAGCAAUUGCAUCACAUGGCUGUUGAAGGCUUGGUUGAAGUAAAUAAAGACUCCAGCAAUGUGGAUGUCACCCACUCCAAUGAGAAUGCAGCGAAUGACAAUGUCUUACGCCAGCUUUUUGUGACUGUGAGUCCAAAACUUUACUAUGCCAUAAAACAACAUGUUUCUCAUCUUAAAAGGUACGUGGUGGAGUGUGUUUUCCCCUGAUUUUUCUAGCUCCCUCUCUGGUUCUUUGUUUUAUGUGUAUGGUGGUGUGGCCAGUGUCAUUUUUUAUUCAUAUAUCACCAUUUUUAAUUCCUUCACCACAGAUUUCCUAUGUCAGUUGUUGACUUUGCUAGCUUGCUUCUAUGUAGACUUGAUAUAUUGUUUU